AUGGCGCUCGAUUUGGAAAACAUUACGAAUAGCUUUUUACCCCAAUUGGUCGAUCAAACCUUUGAAAUAUAUCGAGAACAAGCGGAAUCCAACAGCUUGACAAAAGAACAACGUGGACAGUUGUUCUCCGAUUUAUCCAAUUUACUGGGCGAAGAACUGGUACUACGAUCCCUUCAACUUUUGGACGACUAUAGCUUCACCUUUUUCUACAGCAAAAUCAACCGACACAUUUGGGUGGUCGAACUUUCCAAGGGAUCCGAGUAUUUCCGGUUAAUUCCGCGGGUUAACUACUGCAAGUGCGAGUUCUUCCAGUGCCAAGUGCUGCAGUUGCCCCGAGGAGUCCUCUACCCGGACGUUCCCAGUGGCCAGGCGGGCAUUCUGGAGGAUUGGAGCGAGGAGAGCCGGGAGUCCUUCAUUUGUCAGCACCUCCUGGCAUUGCGACUCCAUCAAUUGCUUAGGCCCACGGACAGCAAGACCUCCGAGCAGGUGCUCAAAAAGGAGGAACUCAGAGAGCUGCAGCGGGACAUCUUCAGGGAUUAGAGGAUCCCCCUGCAGAGGAUUAGGAUGGCUGAUGCCACACAAUCGCCCUACGGCGAUCACAAGUUUAUAGCUCGCUUAGAUCACAUCAAGACCUUUAACCAG